GAGCGCCUGCUCGAACAUUGCAGUAGUUAGGAGAGCUUAUUCGUAAUUUUAACGUUGGGAAAGUAUGUAUCUCAGGAAAGCAGGACUUCUUUUUCUUUCCUUGGCAUGCUGCUUUUUUUCCUUUGUAGCUACAGUUCGAUUUUCACCACCUAAAUAUUCAGCGUGCCACAGCAAAGACUUUGGUCAUGGGGGUACUGUCUGUGUGUGUUCUGAUGAGCAUGGCUGCGAUGCCUUCAGCGAGGGAAGUCCUUUGUCAGAGCAAGAGUAUGCCGUUUACACCAGCUCAAAGACAGGCGAUCGUUUCAAUUUAAGGACGGGGAAGGUUAAAAAACCAGGUUUCUCUAGAAAACUACAACACUCUGCUGAAGUCGAGGUCAAGUUUGUCGUUAAUCAGGAUGAAGUUUUUCAAACUAUACUAGGAAUAGGGGGAGCUUUUACAGAUGCUGCUGGAAUCAACAUAUUAAACAUCAGCUCCACCUUGCAGCAGAAGCUGUUAUCUUCAUACUUUUCUCCAGAUGGCAUUGAGUAUUCCCUUGGGCGUAUUCCUAUGGCCAGCUGCGAUUUUUCUACCUGGCCUUACUCUUACGACGACCAUGAAGGAGAUUUUGGAAUGUCAAACUUUAGCUUGGUCAUGGAAGACUUCAAGCUGAAGAUUCCUUUGUUGUUAUCUGCAUCAAAUAUGAGUAAAAGGACCCUCAAGUUCUUUGGAAGUCCUUGGGCUGCGCCUGCAUGGAUGAAAACCAAUGGCAAGAUGCAAGGGGCUGGAACAUUAAAGGGAGUGGCAGGAGACAAAUAUCAUAAGGCAUGGGCUUUGUACUUUGCAAAGUUCAUCAAGGAGUAUGAAGAAAAUGGGGUGAAAAUCUGGGGAGUUACUGUACAGAAUGAACCUAGCACUGGAUUCAUCCCAUGGUAUGCCUUUCAAACAAUGGGUUACACAAAGGAGAUGGAGAGAGAUUUCAUCAAAGAGGACCUAGGUCCAACCUUGGAGAAGUUUGGCUACUCUGAUGUGAAACUAAUGAUGGUUGACGAUAACCGGAUGUAUGUUGAGCCAUGGGCAGAUACCAUCCUUGGAGAUAAGGAAACAGUUGAAUAUGUUUCUGGCAUUGCAGUUCAUUGGUAUAAUGAGAAUGAUACCUCACCUGAUGUAUUAUCUGCAACACACAAAAAAUUUCCCAACCACUUUAUUCUAAACACGGAAGCGUGUACUGGCUGGACAGGACCCCCUAGUGAGAGAGGAGUUCACCUUGGUCAGUGGUCUAGAGGAAGUGAUUAUGCACAUAGCAUCAUUGAGAAUUUAUCCCACUGGUCAAGUGGAUGGGUGGAUUGGAACAUAGCUCUUAAUUUGCAAGGAGGACCUAACUGGGUGAAGAACUUUGUUGAUUCCCCAAUUAUUGUAGAUGCAGAAAAUAAAGCCUUCUACAAACAGCCAAUGUUUUAUCAUCUUGGCCACUUCAGCAAAUUCGUUCCACCAGGUUCUCACAGAAUUGAAGUAAACAGCUCUGAAGAAACUUCCUUGGAGUUUAUUGGCUUUGUCACACCAGAGGGCAACACUGUUAUGGUGAUACAAAACACUGAAGGAAGAAAUGUUACCUUUGACAUCACUGAUAAAAAGGGAGCAAUCAUCAGUGAAAUUAUUCCAUCUUUUGCAAUUCAGACUUAUAUUUGGUAAAUCUUUGGCACCAUAAUAACAUCAGUAUGCAUAUUCUCCAUACUGUUCUCUAUAUAUUUCCUUGGGUGCUGACAAGGAGAAUUUGUUUGACAACCAAGAGCUUAUUUAGUUAGUGAUAAUUUCCCUUAUACCUUUAUGUUUGAUUCAGGGAUGAUAUUUUAAAGAGAUAUUAGAUGUUUGUCUCUUUCAAGGGUCAAGGGUCAAAGAGUUAAGGUCGCUAAACUUAACUAUUCAGGCCCAUGAUGUAGCUAGUUCCUGAAAAUAAUUGGUGAGAGAGAAUAUAAAUCUCUUCAUGUAGAUUAGCCAAAACCUACCAGCAGGACAAGAAAUGUCCCACAGAUUCAAAUGUGUUUUAAUUCAUGGGAAGUUUUGGAUACUUGACCUUUUUAAUGAACUUUAAGAAAGGGUUGGUCCCUGGAGCUGUGGAGUUUAGAACCUGAUCCCCAUUUUCUGAGCCUAAGAAUACUGGAAAAAAUCAUCUGCAUUAUUUCCACCGCUGAUAUGAGGAAGGCAUCAGAUAGGUUUUUCCGGGGUAGAUAAAAUGUAUGUGUGAAGAGUUACUUGGUAAGUAAGUAACAAUGAAUAAUAAUUAUUAUAAUAAUAACAGGAAUAAAAAAAUCUCAAGAUGAAAAAAUCACAAAAAAAGAUAAGCGGCAUUGGACCCAUAAAUAACUUUUUUUAUAAUAUUGAACGAUAUUGAAAGGGAAGUUUCUAUAAUAAUUUUCCCGAUGAUUAGGUUAUUGAAAUAAAGUUGAAAACUUUUAGUUUGAACAUAUUUUUUUUAUGUUUUUGUUAUUAACUUACUUGCUAUUUUGCCAAUGACGGUUGGUUGAGACUUUCUUUAAAUCUAUUAUUGAACGUAAUCUGAUCGAUUCUCAGUGGCAGUACUAGUGACUAUCGUUUCAACUUGAGCAGAAAUCAUGAGAGUCGAGUGCCGAUUGCUUUUGGUCUAGUCCUCGAAAGCUGAUUGGUCCAUUUCACUAGGACGCAAAAACGCAAGAAGCGUAAAGCGGUUGUGAUUAUUCAGUUUCGAUCAGCGCUAUAGUCUGUUCUUUCCUUAAUUAAAAUGACGUUAGUAAA